CCCCUUGAUUAUCAUUUGUACUCACUUCGUGGCUGAAAUCGAACCAAAAAAUAUUUAAACCAUUGAAUAUUAUAGUAUUAAAGUUUCUAGUAUUCCACAUUGAUUUCUAUAAAAUGUUCCGUUCUUGUGUUUCCGAGGCGAUUUCCGCGAGUCGCUGUUUCACGCGAAUGUACUCGAAGGAUGUGCGUUUUGGACCGGGAGUUCGUGCCCUGAUGAUCCGGGGCGUGGAUGUUCUGGCGGAUGCGGUGGCCGUCACGAUGGGUCCCAAGGGACGCAGUGUGAUCGUGGAGCGACCCUGGACCUCGCCGAAGAUCACCAAGGAUGGGUUUACGGUGGCCCGUUCGAUUGCCCUGAAGGAUCAGCACAUGAACCUCGGGGCCAAGUUGGUCCAGGAUGUGGCCGAUAAAACGAAUGAGUCGGCAGGUGAUGGCACCACCACAGCCACUGUUUUGGCCAGGGCAAUUGCGAAAGAGGGCUUCAAUCAGAUCACCAUGGGUGCUAAUCCCCUGGAGAUUCGCCGCGGUGUCAUGAUAGCUGUGGAUCUGGUGAAGGAGAAGCUGAAGGAGAUGUCCAAAUCGGUGGAAACGCGCGAGGAGAUCCAGCAGGUGGCCACCCUUUCGGCAAAUGGUGAUACGGAGAUAGGUCGCCUCAUCGCAGAGGCCACGGAUAUUGUGGGACCCAAGGGAACUAUUACCGUGAAGGAUGGCAAGCGGCUCAAGGAUGAGCUGAGUAUUAUUCAAGGACUUCGCUUCGACAAUGGCUAUGUCUCCCCUUUCUUUGUAAACACCUCUAAAGGCUCCAAGGUGGAGUUUGCCAAUGCCCUAGUGAUGAUCUCCCUGAAGAAGAUCACCGGUCUGCAGGAGAUUGUCAAGGGUCUGGAGCAAUCGCUGCGGCAGCGACGCCCCCUGAUCAUCAUAGCCGAGGACAUCAGUGGCGAGGCUCUGAAUGGUUUGGUCUUGAAUAAGCUGAGGUUGGGCCUCCAAGUGUGUGCCGUCAAAUCGCCCAGCUAUGGACACCAUCGCAAGGAGCUGAUUGGCGACAUAGCCGCCGCCACGGGAGCCACCAUCUUCGGCGAUGACGUCAACUACUGCAAGCUGGAGGAGGCCAAGCCCGAGGAUCUGGGCCAGGUGGGCGAGGCGGUGAUCAGCAAGGACAGCACCAUGCUGCUACAGGGUAAACCCAAGCCGGGCCUGCUCGAGAUGCGCAUCCAGCAGAUCAAGGAUGAACUGGGGGAUAAGCAAACUAAGCCAGAGCAAAGGGAUCGCUUGAGGCAGCGCCUCUCCGCCCUCACAAAAGGCGUGGCUGUUCUCCACAUUGGCGGUGGCAGCGAAGUGGAGGUGGGUGAGAAAAAGGACAGGGUGGUGGAUGCCCUGAAUGCCACAAGGGCGGCCAUUGAGGAGGGAAUCGUGCCAGGUGGCGGCACGGCCUUCCUGCGUUGCAUCCCCCACCUCCAGGAACUCAAGAUGGAGACUGCGGAUCUGCAGAAGGGCGUGGAUAUCAUCUGUAGUGCGUUGAGGAUGCCCUGCCACACGAUUGCCCAGAAUGCGGGAGUCGAAGGCGCCAUGGUGGUGGCCAAGGUGCUCCAGGGAUCCGGGGACUACGGCUACGAUGCCAUGGGCGAUGAGUACUGCCGACUGGUGGAGAAGGGCAUCAUCGAUCCCACCAAGGUGGUGCGAACCGCCAUUACGGAUGCGGCUGGAGUGGCCUCCCUGCUCAGCACCACCGAGGUGGUGAUCACAGACUCCCGGAACGAUGAUCUCCUGGCCAAGUUGGCCGGAGCUGGCGGCGGAAUGGAUGACGGGCUGGACAUGAACAUGGGCGGACUGGAGGAGCUGGCAGCCCUGAGUGGAAUGGGUGGCAUGGGAGGAAUGGGUGGAAUGGGUGGCAUGGGUGGCUUCGGAGGAAUGGGAGGCGGCUUUGGUGGAAUGGGAGGCGGAGGAGGAGGAAUGAGCGCCUCCAGUAGCGAUGGACCCUCUGCCGAGGAGAUGAACGAGAUGGUCAAGGCUAUUCCCGGCAUGGAGCAGGUUGAAGUACGAGACAUCGACAGUGGAAUGAUGUAGUGUCUCCCGAAAAGGAAACCCAUUUUACCUUGAAUCAUCUCCCAAAUCUUAAUUUAAUUGGCGGGAGCUUAAAUUUCAUGUGUAUUUUUGUGGCCAACGUCGAAUUUCUUUAUGAAAUAUAAAUUAUCUAUUGUGUUGAAUAGAAA